GUACUUCCGGGUCACCAUGCAGGUUGAACUACCAAAUAAACAAAAAUUUAACGAAAUAAACAAGGCGGUGUGUAUCGUCACUGGUCUGCGGACCAAGAAGGGGAGACAACGAACCUGCUAGGGAUGCUACAACCGGGAUGGCAGAAAGACAGGACAAUGAGGUGGAGGAGGCAGACCAGGUUUACCUGCUCAUGAAAGAGGAGUACCGCAUUUCCCGAAACGUGCGCCUCGCUUGGUUCCUGAGCAAACUCAAUCAGGUCAUCCGGCCGACCCCGAAUACAGAGCUGCUGAACUCAGAAAAUGAACUGGAUGUGCUCAGCAUCCUCCCGAAGGGAUGGCAGCCAGACCUGUCACCCUCCGCCCUUCCGUACCAGCUGGUGCCGUCAACCCGGGUCAUCUUCCUGGCCCGGCGAUACCGCUUCAUCAUCGAGCUGGAUCUCAGCCCCUCCACAGGGAUCGUGGAUGACAGCACCGGGGAGAUGAUAUUUGAUGAGGUGUUCCAUGCCCUAUCCCGGUGCUUGGCCGGACUGGCCAGACCUUUUAAAGUCCCUGGCACCGAUCUCAUGUCCCAGCCCGAGAUCUUCAUCACCAUCCUUGCCUACUCCUCCAUUAUCGGACUCCACUCUCAUCAGGUAUUGGUGCAGGGCUGUCAGCUGAAUCGUACAGAUCUGGACCAGUUCUUGCAGCAGAUCUACCAACAGCUCAGGGCAGUAGAGAACAACAUUGCUGAGGUCCUCCAACAACAGCAACACCAAGCCAGAGGACAGCCGGAUGGGGCCAUUUUGUGCCCUGGGAUCACAGGCGAUGUGAUGGAGGACCAGCCCCAGAGGAAGCUGGGUGUUUCCAUGGUGACGGCAGAUGUAGGGCUGGUCAGCAUGGUUAGGCAGGGGAUCUUGGCCCUCCAGCUUCUACCCCCCAACUCCAGUGCUGGUAUAAUCAUCAUCACAGAUGGGGUGACCAGUGUGCCUGAUGUGGCUGUGUGUGAGACCCUUCUCAACCAGCUCAGAAGUGGAACCAUAGCAUGUUCCUUUGUUCAGGUGGGAGGAGCCUACUCAUAUGACUGCAGCUUUGGGUACAUUCCGAAUGUGGAGCUCAUGAAGUUCAUCUCCCUGGCUACCUUUGGGUCCUACCUGUCAAUAUGUCCCGACCUGGAUGUUUCCAAUCAGGAAAUGAACACCUAUCACAAGGCCUUCCUGACCUACUCUUUCCUGAAGACCAGCGAGUCUAUGAACCCAGAGUACUACUGUGUCUCCCAGCAUAAGCUCUUCAAUGAGCACUUGGUGUCGGCCAGCGGGAACCCUGCCCUGGUGAUGCGCAGGAAGAAGCACACAGAGAAGGAGGUUCACGCUCACCUGGUGAGCGUGGUGUCUGUGAGGCUGAGGGAGGGUUACACCAUCCGUGAGAUCAACCUCACCAAAGGGGGCACCCAGCUGGAGGUGAAGCUGGUCCUCCUGUGGAAGCACAACAUGCGCAUCGAGUACCUGGCAGUGGCGUCGUGGCCGCUGGACCCAGGCAAGCGCACCACCUGGGUGGAGGUAACCAUGGAGGGCAGCUACGACAUCCUGCACGACAUCAGCUGCACCAUGAGGAAGCCCAUCACCAGCCCCUACCGCACCUCCGUCAUCCGCCGCUUCUGGAACACGCUGCAGAGCAUAAACCAGACGGAUCAGAUGCUGGUUCACUUGCAGUCAUUCAACUCCAUACCGGAGCACUACAUGAUCCCAGAAAGUACUAAGAACGGGGUCCCUCUCUUCUACAUCCCACCUGGAUCCACCACGCCGGUGCUGUCCCUCCAGCACAGCGGCUCCAAGGACUCCAGUCAGUCCCAGUUUGCCUCCUACUGGAAGCCCAUCCUCUCCAUGGAUGCCAAUUUCUGGCAGAGGUGGCUGCACAUGCAUCGCAUUGCCAUCAUCCUGGAGCAUGACAUUCCCGUCCCCAAGCACCUGCACACGGCUGGCAGCAAUGGGCGCUUCAGCACCAUCCAGUGCCGCAUUUCCCACUCGGCCCUCACCUCCCUGCUACGGGACUGGAGCAGUUUUGUGCUGGUGGAGGGGUACUCCUACGUCAAGCUCAUUUACAGCAGCGCCUCUGACCAGCCUCCCACCUCCUUCUACCUGGUGCGUCUGAUCUCCAAGGCUCCCUGCAUGGUCCUCCGCCUGGGGUUCCCCAUCGGGACCCUUGCUCACAUCAGGAACAAGAUUGUAGAUGAGCUGAGGGAACAGAUCCUCAGGCUACGGUUCCCCCACCGUGUCCAGAACAAGGAAGCCACCCCCAAAGUGAAGAGGAAGAUCCUGGGGAAUGCCUCCCCCUCUAAGUCGCCCCCUCUCCCCACCCCCAAACCGGCACUGUCUGACCGGCCCUGUGUGGUGGUGCUCAACAAACCCCUAGAGAAGCUGCUGAUCAGGUAUGAGAAGCUCCCGUCUGACUACCGCACCCCAUUCAUCCUUAACAUGGAGCACUUCACCCAGGCUCCUAACAUGUCUGCACCCCUCACUGUGGCUGCUAGCCGCACGGCCUCCUCAACGCUGGCCUCGCUUUCCCGAUACUUCUUUCACCAGCGCUGGGUUUGGGCAGUGCAGAGCGGGCUUGGCCCUCCCGUCCCCCUGCAGGCGGUGGCUCACAUCCUCUCCAUGCUGUCCGAGAUUCGUCUUUCAGAAGGUUUUCACUUUGCUGCUAGUGGUGAAGGCAUCGUCAACAUGGUGACAGAGCUGCCAAUGAAGGGAGUGCUGGCCACGGCGGAUGCAGAGCACCACACAUGCAUUGUACAGUACAUCCUAUUCCCUCCUCACUCCACCUCAACCAAGGACAGCUUCUCCACAGACGAUGACAAUGACACAGAAGUGGAGGCCAUUGAUGUGGACACUGAGCUGAACCUGGUGACGGAGUGCUGGGUGGAGCCACAGAGUGGGACAGUGUCCAUCACCUCAGAUCAUCACCGGCAUCUGCAUGGCCUCACCUACGAGGAGAUCCCACAGGCGAUUUUCCCCCGGGAUCUGACUUGCAUGUCGACCAUGAUGACCUUUGAGUACCUCAUCCAGCUGUGUCAGAACAAGGACCAGGUCUAUCCCCUCUGUGGAGUCAAAAGCGAUGGGGAAGAAUCACCUGCCACUGAUGACUGCAUCCACACAGUCCCCUUCCAGUUUGACUUGAUGAAGUUACUCCCCAAGUGCCAGCAAAUUGAGAUUUUCUUCCUCACCCUUAGCAGAGUAGAAAAUGAAGAGGCCGCCCAAAGUGCAACCUGCCUGCCCAAUGAGAUGCUGCUCAGCCUCUUUCACAGCUGUCUGCAGCAGGACCUCAGUGAUCGCGAGAUCCCAUUGGCUGAUGGUGACCAUGUGACCUUCAUGCAGCAUAUCCUGCAGAGGGAGAGAGACGGGCAUGCGGCACCUUUUGCAUUACCUGUAAUUAAAGAGGAAUGUCUAAAGCCCCCGGAAAGGCAGGACACAGUGAUGUCAUUCCACACAAUAGGGAGCAGCAAAGAAGUUACUGGCUCCACCAGCACCCUGCAGAGCUUCAGCAAUGCAGACCUGGCUGAUGAGGAGCCCCUCCCUGUGGAGAGCGAAAGCCCAUCUCCGCAGUGGAAGUGCUACGCCAAAUACGUCAAUCCUCAGCAGAUCUUCCUCACCUUCCUCCCUGCCACCUUCACAGAUUUACAGAUCUUGAUGGCCUCUGGCAUGGACCAAGAGCCCCAGGGCAGCAGUUGCUCGCAAGAGGAUGAGGACACCCUCACUCACAGCAACAGCCAAGUACAGACGGAGACUCACAACAGCUCAACCAAUGGGCUGGAAAGACCAGAGGCCGCUGCUGAGAAUGGGGCUAGCCUACUGUCAAAUGGCUCCAAUGGCAGCCUCCUCAGCCCUGGACCGGCCCUGCAGUUCCUGCGGUCAGAGAGCAGGAGGGCAGUGUCAGAGGAGUCCACUCUGGAGUAUGAGGACUGGUCUGGACAAGGAACAGAACAGGAGAACGGAGCUGCUCUUCCAGGUGCAGAGGAGAGAGAUGGGGUGCAGUUCGCUGAGCCGCAGAAGCGGGACUUCCAUAUCACCUUCAGCAGGCAGGUGUCUCAGCAGAGCUCCAGUGACCUCAUCCGACCCCGCUGCCCCGUCUACAUCUACAACUGCUCCCUGGAGUCCUUGAAAGACCAGCUGGUGCACCCACGCACCAGCAGGCAGCCCCGGGACAUCUUCUUCAGACCUCAAGAUGCAGACUCCUGGGAGAUCUCUCAGCAGAUGAAAUACAGGUCUCUCUCUCAGGAACGCAGCAGCACCUCCUCCUGGACAGAGCUCAUGACGCACCCACACAAGCACAAGGAACUGGCCAACUACUGCAGCCUGCUGCAGGAGCACUACCACCAGAGUUACGUCAAAGGUGUAUACCGUAGCCUGCAGCAGUCCUACAAUAUCAGCUCCCAGGACGUCCUGACAGCCAUGGACUACUGUGAGGAAUCCCUCCAGGAGAUCGACAUCAGUGCUUUCCUGCAGACGCUGUGUGGUCACAUCCGAGUCUUCCGUGAGCAGCACGAGCAGUCAAGUGUAGCUGAGAGCCAGCUGCUUGCAGGCGAACCUGCCACCUUCACCAUCGGGGAGGGCGAAGAGGAUGGGGCAGCUGACAGGGGGACCCUGGCUACCUCCUCCAGUGUGGAUGCAGAGGAUGUCAGUGAGGCGGAGUUGAGAGGGAAACCCUCAGCCCCCACCUCCCCACUGGAACUAGAAGAACCAAAAACCCGUAAGGUCUACCCAGAAUUCCCCCUGUCACUCUUACAGACACAGCAGAAGUGUGAGGUUUUCCCAGACCUGCACAAAAUUAUACAGGAAAAAUUCAUGGAAAUUGGUGCUCAGUACUUCAAGACAGUGCCUUCCAACCCACACUACUUCUUUUACUGUCCUCCAUCAGCAAAGAAAGAGGAGGACUUGGAGCGGGAGGAAGAAAGGAGACCCAGUGAGGAGAUUGAGGUGUCUGAGGCUGAGCUCGCCACCGAGGAAGAAAAUGUGUCUGGUUGCUGCAUCGUGACAGAGAGCGACACGGACCUGGAGGUGGAGUACCGUGACCGUGCUGACAGGAAGCUGCCUGACAAUGACUCCCUGUCAGACUCCAACACAGUGAACCAGGACGAGGACUCCUUCAGCAUCCUGGAGGGAGCCUCGCUGCUGGAGCCUGAGGGGCCACAGCCUGAGAUGCCUCCUCUCUUCGUCCAUCUCACCUGCUCUGUCAAUGUUAAGAACUGCCACGGCUCCAUGCCCAUACAGACGUUGCCCACCUGCCUCGGUGAGGUCAUAUCUUGCCUGGAGAAUGCAGAGGCCCUUCAGUCAGUUGAUCUGAGUGAGCUCACUGUUACCCUGGACAUCUUCGUUCUGACUCUGCCCCUGGAGAUUGAGGCCAUGGCCUCCGACUUCCACCACAACAGAUACACCUCGGAGAGUAGUGUGUCCCUGAACCGCUCCCCUGGACAGCCGUCGUCCUAUCGCUCAGACGAGGAGCUGAUGGGCACCCUGGAUAGCCUGCGUGGCUCGGGCGUGGAGGGGGUGACAGGAGAUCCUUUAGCCAAACUCCCAGCUCCACACCGACUGGCCGUCCUGGCUACCAUGGACGAGAUCCGCUGGCUGCUGGAGGAUGAGAUCGUCUCUGCCCUGCGGCACUCCAGGGUGAUCAGCACCUCCACGCUGCAGAAGGUGGCAGACCACGUGUACCGCUCCAGUGGCCGGCCGCGCUGCCACUGCGAAGUGGUGCCCCUGCAGUUUGUCUUUGGCCCAGAGCAGUCCUUGGAGAAGUUCAAAGAGGAAUUUCGUAGGAUGUCUCUCUCGGGGUACCUGUUGAACGGCGAGAUGGAUAACUUCCACUAUGUGUCCAUCAGCCGGCUUCACUCCCAGAGGCUUCAGGCUGCUUGCAAGCUGUCAGAGCACGCUCCCAGUGCUGAGGACGAGGGAAAAGCCUCCCAGCAAACCAAUCACGGCACUGUGGUGGAUGACACCACCAGGGCCUCAGCCAAUCUCAGCACGGCUGGGAAAGAAAAUGAUAGCGAAACUGAGGUGGAAAGGGGCGAGCCGAAUCCUGGGGGACAGGCUGAUGAGAAGUGUGUGGGGGCUGGUGUAGAGGCAGGCUGCGAGCCCACUCCAGAGUCCUGCGACACCAGCCAAGCCAGCCAGGCGGAGCGAGAGGAGGCUCGUCCCCAGAGCGCCGUCAGCAGCUCCACAGGGGACAAACCCCCUGCCACCCCCCGCCUGCAGCCCAGCAGCAGCACCGACCACUCCUCGGAGCACACCUCGCCCCCCAAAACCCCCUCUGCCGUCAGCCUGGCCGAGUCGGUGCAGUCAGCCACUCACAGCAGCGGGAAGCUGAGGCCCAGUCGGGUGCAGAGCGUUGUGUCCAGCCAAGGCAGCCUGGACUCCGACAUGCUCGGCUACGAUGGUGGCAGCAGUGACUCAGAGUGUGAGGGCCCCACCAUGGAUGAGCAAGAGCCCCAGUGUCCCCUCAUGCCUGACUUCUGGCUCAUUGUGAAGAUCCAUCAGGACAGAGUGGAGGUGUAUUCCCACUCCAGGAGCCUCAACGGAGGGAAGGAGGAAGGGGUGGGAGAGGCGGAGAAGGAGGAGGAGGUGCCAGAGUACCUGCAGCUGCACCGCACCGUGGUGCGGAAGAUUGGAGAGAUCUGCCGUGUUGUCAAUCAGCGCCUUCUGUUGAAGGACUUGCAUGACAGCCACGUCUGCAACUCCCUGCUGGUGGCUGAAAGUGAGGAGGACAUCUGGAAGAAUGAGUCCUUGUACCGGCAGAGGAUAGCCAAUUCUGAUGACUACAAUGCAGAGGAGAGCUACCAGCCCAGAGACUACCUUGCUGCCACCAUGCAGUUCAUCCCCGGGCACUUUGCCUGUGACGUGGUGUGGAGCACGGUCAUCCACAUCCACCCCCGGCUCAAGAUGGGGCCCAACAUGGGCGUCUCCAGAGCAAUCCAGGCGCUGCGGUCAGUGCUGAACGCCUUCUGCGUGGUCAACAGAAAGAACAUGUUUGUCUACCAGGAGCGCACCACCAAGUCAGUCUUCUACCUCAGACUCUCCGAGACACCCCAGAGCGGGAAGUUUUCCGACCUGGAUGGCAACCCCUUGCACGUGUCCCGCACAGUGGGGCUGGCCCGCAGCCAGGAGCCCAUCUAUUCAGAGGACCUCUCGGGGUCCCGCUCCUCCUUGGAGGGGUCUCGGCCCGUGGGACAGGUAGACAAGCACAUCCUGCUACUGGUGCAUGGGGUGGGACAGGCAGGUCCGGAGAUAACGGACGAGCUGGUCAAGGUCCUGCGGAAGCGUCUGGACGAGGCCACAUUAGACAUCAUCACCGUCAUGCUGGUGCGGAACUGCAAGCUGACCCCUGCCGACGUGGAGUUCAUCCAGCCCCCCGGCUCCCCAGCCACAGAGGUGAUGGAGUUCAUGCUGCCGCAGUACUCUCUGGCCUGGAUCCAGGCGGUGGCGCAUUACCUCCGGCAGAACCUGCUCAUCUUCCUGCAUAUCCCCAAGUAUACUGACAGCAACAUGGAACACCACUUCAAGCACUACUUUCAUUUAAGCAGCGGGUUGCCUGACUCUGAUAUCUACCUCUACAAUAAGCCUGGAGGUCAAGGAACAGGAGGGAAAGGUACCAUGUCGGAGCUCGUUCAGAACCUCUUCCCACCUUCCCAGUUCCAAGGGAUUGCUUGCAUUGCCCUGUCGUUUGUGGAUGCUCAAGGCUGCCCCCUGCACGUUCUAGCUCAGGAGUGCACUGAGGCACCACAAGGAGACACCUCUGCCAUUCCUCUCCAGCCUGCUCAAUUUGAUUCCCUCACGACAGUCAUCAAGGUGGACUCUCACAACCAGGAAACAGGGGCACAGAUGCGUGUACGUUUUGACAUCUGGGAGCAAGGCAAUGUCAGUCCCCUUCAGCUGACUGACAAGCUGCGGGGUGCCCUGAGGCACGCCUUGUGUGAUGUCGUCAUGGAGUUUAGAAUUUUGCCCAGUCCUCUGUGUGUGGAGUCCUUCAGUGUUCCCUCAGCCACUCCUACAGGCCAAAAUGAAUACAUAAACGGCCUGUUAAAUCUACCACAGUCUGAGAGCAAGGAAGCCAAGGAUUCACCCCGACAGUCCUGUGGUCCCAGGAGCAUUAAAAGCAACCCCACCCCAAUCACCCUGAUCCCAACACCCAGUACCACUCCUAGCAGUAUAACAAGUACCCCUGAAUCAACCACACCCACUGGCAAGACCACCCGCCGCAGCUUCUGGGAAAUACUGAGCAAGCCGGACCCAUCAGAGCUAGGCAGUCCCAAAACCACGGACGACAUCGUGCAGGAGAGAGGGGAGGACAGCCGGGCAGCACGGCGGAGGCACAAGACGGAAAGUGUUAAGCAGCAGUGGAGCCAGGAGAGCAGGCCCAAAGUUGCAGAGCUUGAGCAGGCCCAGAGGAGGCAUGUGGCCCAGCUGGAGGAGGGGGAAGUGGGAACCCUGCACCCAGUUUAUCAAGGCACCUGUCAGCCGUGGGUCACUUUCAUGGCCAAGCUGGGGUGUCCCUCCAUCCAGCAGUGCACAGCUGAGAUUGCCUCUCAGUUCCUGCUCCCCUCUAUCCUGUCUGAAAUUGUCAAUCUUGUCAGCUCCCUGGCCAGUGACACCACAGUUAAAGUGUUUGAGAAGACGAGUUGUCCUCAAGGCGACACUUUUGUACCCCUGCCACACAUCCAUCAACCCAGCAAGCCUCCUGCCACUGCCAGGCACUUCAUUCUAAUUGGACGGAACUUCCACCAAUGGCACUGCAGUACAGAGCAAGAAGACAGUUCAGAUGAGGAAAACACCCCUGUGCUUAAUAGGUUCACACCUCACAAGGGGUUCCAGCGCUUUGAGGCCCUGGAGCAGAGUGACUGGUUCAGCCCUGGUCAGGUAUGGAAGGGUGUGGCCCCAAGACAGAGGUUUCUCAUCAUCCACAUCCUGGACAAGAAGGUUACCCUUUACACCUACAACUGGUCAGUGGACCUGGGUGCCUCCCUGAGCCGCGGGCUGACCCGGCUGGUGCAGUGGCAGAACGCCCGCUCCCAUGUGGUGCACUGCCUGCUUAGCCAGAAGAUGGGCCUGUUCCACCACUACUGCUUCUCUGACACGCCUGCACAUGAGGACCUAAAGCAGGAGCCCAACCCCUUCCUGAACUCCACCCUGGAGGCCGAUGCCCUCCUCCGCAGCCCCGCCCCGCCAGUCCCCAGCAAGGACCAGGGGAGGCUGAGCAGCUCAGGGCGGGGCUUGCCGUCCCUGCCUUUCCCUGCGGAGCUGGUGCCCUUUGACGAGGCCCUACGGGACAUCAGCGUGGGCCGAUCCAUCUCUGGCGCACAUGAUGCUAUGGGGAGCGUCGACAUCGUGGCUCGGCAUGGGGCCCAGCUGCUGGAGAUCAAGGCUGCAGAGCGCAGAGAAAUGGAGAAGCAGAUGAAGAUUGAGAACCUCUUUGUGACAUGGCAGCAGAGAUCGGCACAGUCCAACAUGCCGAUCACAGUGGCUGACCUGGACACCCUGAAGCAGUCAUCCCGGCUGGUCCACUACUGUGCCACCCCAUUGCUCUUUGAUCCCGUCUUCCGUAAACAGAUCCAGGAGGAGCAAAUAAUCCAUCCACAGGUCAAGAAGCGCCACCGCUCCAAUGACUCCACCACCUCUGGGCGUGACCGCAGCUACAGCACUGACUCUGUGGAUAUGCUGCCCAGCCGGCUGCGAGAGGAGCCCUGGCUGCAGGACAUCUCCAACACAUUCUUGCAGCAGUACGUGCAGUACCUACAGAGCAUGGGCUUCAUCCUGGUGCAGGUCCGGCCCCAGUCCCCCGCGCGCAGCAUUGCACGUGCCCGGGCUGCGGCCUUCAGCUCACUGUCCACAGAGGGGAGGGCCUCCUUCUCCUACAACAAGCAGAAGAGCGAGGAGAGCCCCAAGCAGAGCAGCGGGACAGGGACAGCUGCCUACCACCUCCAGCGAGCUCUACCAGGGGGGAUCGUGCUGAUGGAGCUGGCCUUUCAGGGCUGUUACUUCUGUGUGAAGCAGUACGCUUUAGAAUGCUCCCGGAUCCCGAUGGGCCAGACAGUUAAUUCCCAGGGCUCCCUCCUCACCAAACUGCGUAGCAAGCCGUAUGCCGAGGCCACCUCCGUCUCUGACUCUGCGCUGUCUAUGUUGUUCACCGAGGAGUGUGACAAGGUGCGUGACCUGAUGCACGUGCACUCGUUCAGCUAUGACUUCCACCUGCGCGUGGUGCACCAGUACCUUUUGGGCUGCCACAUGACCUUGCGACAGGGCUACCAGCUCACCAGCUUCCUGGAGGACUUCAUUGCCCAUCAUCCUGAUAUUCCCAAAUUUGGCCGCAACCACGUCUUCCAGGGGAACUUCUCCAUCUCCACGGGGAUGAUCACAGCCCACCAGCUCUACAACUACAUCACGGACCAUGCAGGCACCUACGGGAUGAAGCCCUUGCGCAUGUCUAAGGCUGCAGUGACCACGGACAGCAAGAAAGGGGCACCGAGCACCGACUUGCACGAGUAUGCAUUGGUGGCACUCUGGAACAGCUCGGGCUCCUAUAAGGAUUUGGAGGGCCUUCGUCACCAUGACGACUUUGAUGUGUCCCUGCUGGUGUGCCACAAUGCUGCUCCGUUUGAAGAGCAGUCUGAGUCGGAGAGACACCUGCUAAGGCUGCGGUACUACGUGAUCAUGACCAGCCAGCGCGAGCUCUUUCCCCGGCUGACAGCCGAUAUGCGACGCUUCAAGAAACUGCCACAGAUACAUCGGGAGCCGAGUGAUCUGGACGGCAAGGCCCCACAGGAGAGGGUGGAAGUGGGCGGGGCCCGGGAGGCAGAGCUGGACCUGUGGGAGGAGGCGGCUGCCAGUGACGGCAGCGAGUUCUACCCCCCCGGGGCCCAGGGCAGCGGCGCAGCCCCGGGGCUCCUCUACACAUCCCCGCUAUUCCCCCUGCUGAAUUCGGAGGUGGGCUCCGCCCGUAAGCAGAUCCAGACCAGUGUGCAGCAGGCCAUGGGGCACUGCCGGCGUGACAACCUGUGGAGGCGGCUGUUCCACGGAGAGCACCUGGCGCUGGACAAGCUCAAGCUGAGCAAGUUGUCCUUUGGCGAGCUGGAGGAGCUCCUGAACGCUGUGCAGAGCCGGUCUGUCGGGGAGAUUGACCCACAGCUGGAUUGCUUCCUGACCAUGAGUCCUGGCUGGUACCAGAGUCUGAUCAAAGUUCUGCUUUCACGGUUCCCGCAGAGCUGCCGACACUUUGUGGAUGACAGCGGGAUCCAGUAUCUAGCUGUCCUCAACCAAAAAUUCACCGACUGCUUUGUUCUAGUCUUCCUUGAUGCCCAGGCUGGGAAAACGAGCCUCAAGGUUGUUUUCAGAGAGCCGUUGCCUUCCCACACGCAGCCGAGUAACAGCCCACCACCCCAGCUGGUGUCCAUGUACCACCACCUGGAGUCGGUCAUCAACACGGCCUGCUUCAACCUCUGGACUGGCUUGCUGUAGGAACUCAGUGCUGACCCUAAAUAAGUCCACACGUGUGUGUGUGUGUGCGUGAGUCCAUAUAUGUGUGCAUGCGUACGAGUGAGUGCGUGUUCCUCCCUCAGUGGAAUUGGGCUUAUCUUGUGCUUGGAUGCAACAUGGGGACUGGUCACUGAAAACACUGCAGAAAGCUGCAAAGGGACCAGGGGCUGUUUUCACUAGCAGUUGGUUACACUUGAGAGGCUGGUCACGUCCCUGUUUGACGGUGCCAAAUCAAUAACUGCUUAGCACAAGAAAUGGAUUUCAAGGGAUACACUUGAGUUUGUGGUCAUUGGGAUUCAGUUUCUAUUUGAUAGCCAUUUGAGCAUCAUUCAAUCCAUUUAGCUGACUGAACACAAAAGACUUAUGAACAGGACAGGGAAGCCAGUUUUCUAGAAAGGUGCAGGUCUUUCCGCCUGCAGCGAAGGACCUGUGAAUGCGUGACAGCAAGUCUGCCAGUACCGGGGGUGUUUGGGCAGUCACUCUCAAAAUCUUUCCACACAACUGAAGACACUGGACAGAGGGCGCUUUAAAAACACAGUGAGGCUUAGGUCAACGCUACCUCAGAAUGAAGGAUUUGACUGAAGAAGCAGUACAGAAUACUGAGCAUUAUACCAUGCAACACACACAAACGUGUCAUUUAUGCAAGCGGCCCUUUAAAUGCACAUGCUUUUUUUAUCUAAGGAGGGUAGGCAUGUGAUUUCUUCAUUGAUUGGGUGAUCAUGUGAUCACUUGCAUCACUUGGGUUGCAUCACAUGAGUUGAUGAGGCUAUGCAGCAGAACCUCAGAAGUUCAUGAGUGUCAACCAUUAGCCAUGAGCAAGGAGGGCCUUAUGAAAUAGGGGCAAAUAUUUUGGCCAAGUGUAUGAUUUAUUUGCAUACUUCAAUAGUUUGUGGGGGAGAGGAAUGUGUUUUUGAUGUAUGUCAAUCAUUAAUGAAGCAAUUAGCUGAAAUCGCUGUACAUGGAUUUAGCACCAAGCUGUUUGCCUAUCACUGCAGGCAUUAUUCUGGCUCUGACAUAGGGGUUGUUGUAAACAUGAACAAUCGCCGUUACAGCUCAGAGCGUUUGGCGAUUCAUUUUUCACACUUCCAUGUCAAAUGGGUUCUGUAAUAUCCCCACUGCCAUGUCUUCAUCCCAGAAGUGCCUGUUCCUUUUUUAACAAUAUAAUUUGGAGCAGUGCUGUUACGAUGACCUUGAAGGGGAAUCCUUGAAAAUCCAAUUAAACUGCCGAUUAAUUCUGCCACAGUGUAGGGCAUAGUUGGGUGCCAGCGUUUAGCGUUCAGAAGGAGAUGAAGGGGUCAAAAUGAGGCCUGCGCUUUGCUUAUGUGGAACUGCUUUCAUUCAUCUCCUUAAAAGUGCAUCUCUACACACACACACACACACACACACACACACACACACACACACACACACG